AUGAAUCCAAAAAAAGAGAGAUAUCAGGAAAUAUGUGACAAUUUCAACUCCCCCGAAGCAUUUCCGUUCCAAGAAAAGAUUCACAAGACUUUUGCAGAAACGUCGCUUAAGCUCACACAGCAACUGUGUGAAUCACUUCACGUGGAUGUGAAAAUGUUUAAACAAAGAGCAGGGAUAAUUGACGAAAUAGACCUUCUGAUGAAUGUUUCAUCGUUCAUGGGAAAGACGGCCCGACUUUUCUAG